AUGCAGCAGCAGCAAACAGCCACCAGCCAGCCCAGUGCUUGGACCGGUUCGUCAAACCGUCGUGCGCGCAAAGGAAAGCAAGCGGGCUGGGCUGACAGAGUGCAGCGGCCGGUGCUUGGAAAGAAGGCGGUCAAGAGGUCUGGACCUGGACCGCUACUAGCUGCCGAGGCCGGCCGCGGCACUAGGAGCGCGCUUAUCCGCCACGCAAAACAACGAUACGUCGUCGUCGUCGUCGUCGUCGUCGUCGUGGGCGUCCAACCUCGCCUUGCAACAGGAAAUUGUCCUCGCCCGGGUGCGCCGCGACUCCCGGGUGCAUCCCUCAAGCUGCUGUUUGCCCACCCGUUCUGUCCUUUCGUCGGGCGGAUCGCCCUGUCCACAUCCAAGGGGUCUGGGGUCCUGUUCCCAACACACCCCAGUCGCCCUACUCCAGGGCUCGAGUGGAUUGUGGGCGCAGAGGACAAUCAAACCCGACAUGGAAACGGCGAGCAAUUCCUCACCCGCAGCGACAGCCAAUCGGUUCCGGACGCGAGCAAGCAUCGGAUUGGAGGAACUAUGCGCUCGCUAGCUGCGCUGGCGGUUGCUGGCUGGGGCGGUCCCGACGUGUUCCAGAUUGAUAAAGGCGACAGGAGAUUCCGCGACCCGUAG